AUGAAUCAAACAUGGGAUUCGACAAACCUCCAAUCGGCGAGCCUCCACAGACGUGUCACUCAAAUCCAUCUAUGCUGCUUGCGAGAUGGAACGAAUCCCGCUAAUCACUGGGUGAUUCAUCUGGAGCUGGCAGGCGGCUCUACCUCCGUCAAACUUGAUAUGACUGCCCGAUAUCCUCCAGACCUCCAGAUUGGAAGAGUCGAACUUGCAACCAGGAAUUUCCCCGUAACUACGAAUGCAAUUCAGACUUGGGAGUUCCCAGUUCUUACCAACGUCACCGUGCAGGGCAUCAUCGAUAUGCUCAGAUCACAUGGAUUCGAGAAGUACAAAUUCACCCCUGAAAUUGAGGGAUGCAGAUGGUGGAUGUAUACUCUUAUGUCUGCCUUGGAAUCCAAGGGUCAUCUCCGGACUGGGACCAAGGGGGAGGUAUGGACCUAUAUUUCCCGGGUUUGGCAUGAUGCUCAAAGCUACGAGCCUCGCAGAGUUCAGCAGGGGGUUUUCUAUCAGUAA